UUCAUAUCCAUUUGUUUAUAUACGCACGAGUCCCACACGAACCCUCCUCCUCUGCUAAUAUAAGCAAGGCGUAAACCCUUUCGCUGAGGCAGAAGCCCCGUCAGCCGCCAUGGUGAAGUACUCAAGAGAGCCCGACAAUAUCACCAAGUCUUGCAAAGCAAGAGGCUCUGACCUGAGGGUUCAUUUCAAGAACACAAGGGAAACUGCAUUUGCUAUCAGAAAGUUGCCCUUGGUCAAGGCAAAGCGAUAUUUGGAGGAUGUUCUGGCUCACAAGCAGGCCAUUCCCUUCCGUCGUUUCUGCCGUGGUGUUGGGCGUACUGCCCAGGCAAAGAACAGGCAUUCCAAUGGGCAAGGACGCUGGCCUGUCAAGUCUGCCAAGUUCAUAUUAGAUUUGCUUAAGAAUGCUGAGAGCAAUGCUGAAGUGAAGGGUUUGGAUGUUGAUUCCCUGAUCGUAUCUCAUAUCCAGGUCAACCAAGCACAGAAGCAAAGGCGCCGAACCUACAGGGCUCACGGAAGAAUCAACCCAUAUAUGUCAUCUCCCUGCCAUAUUGAGCUGAUCCUGUCUGAGAAGGAAGAACCCGUCAAGAAAGAGCCUGAGAGCCAGUUGACAACUAGCAAAUCGAAGAAGUCUGCUCUCAGAAGUGGUGCUUCCUCUUAGAGCGCAUCUUUCGAUGAAUCAAAGAGUUGCUGAUUUCCUGUGAUGAGGGUUUUGUGCUCUACUUUUUAUAUAGUUUGAGAUGUUACAUAGACAGUUUUGCGGCCUCGUGUUGUUUUAGUAGCAAGUUAUGUUUUGGUUGGGGAAUGUGCUUGAAAGCUAAUGCUAGAGAUAGUUUCACAAUAUAACCGACUUUAUCAUGUCCUAUUAUUUGAUUCAAUGUCAUUUUGUUGUACCUUGCAAA